UCGCCAAGUAUACUUGUCUACCCCCCACCCCUCCUCCUGCAACCCGCACCGCACCCGAGCUUAUUGGAUGAUAGCACGGGGCGGGCUGAGUUGCCGACUGAAACCAACCCGUUUCGUCGCAAGGUGGCGGUCCCUCAGACGCCAGCAGUCCCAGUCCGAGUUGUGUUCGGUUUCACACACUUCCCCCCCAUUUCUAUCGAUUAUAAAAUUAGGGAAAACCAAAUUUUUAAAUUUUUUUCACAUUCCCCUCUCACAUUUUAUCUGGAAAGACAUUUGGUUUGAUUGAGUUUUCCUAGUGUUGCCAUCGUUAGGGCACGAGUCUCGACAUAAGUGUGUUUGUUUGUUUGAAACAAACCAAAAAGUUAGGUGUCGGCCAUCUUGUUUUGAAGAAAGAAAAGUGCCACGUGUGCCACCCACAUCGGCGUUCACCUCAGUUCUUCUCGCCUAUUGAUUUCCACGAUUUUGUUUUGUGUGUGCAACUUGUUUCAAUCAAAAAGUGAAAAGAAAGCGAAACGCCAGGAACACACUGCCGAAUUCCUUGAUGCUGUUACUGCACUGCUGGUCGCCUAUUUUGUUGCCAAGCCCAUCGUCUUCCCAAGGCCAUUCAAGGGCUUCCCUUCCCGUGUUGGCCAAGAUCUGUCAAGCCAACACAGCUGCGAUCACCAGUUUUUUAAUCGCCGACUCCGCCCACCUGGCGGGGAAUUUGGAUUGGCGCCAAAUUUUAAAUUCAGGUUGUGCUAAUGAGACGCGGAUGAAGCUGCUCUCAUUCUAAUGAGAUACAGACGUCGAUCGAUAAUCGACCUUCCUUCGUUGUAAAGUGAUUGGAGAACGAUGGAACAAAAUGCUGAGACAGGAGGGGGCGGUCCGACGGCAGGUCCCGGAGAUCCGCAAGUUGGCGCCGCUACGGCCGCCAUGACGUAUGCUAAUUUGGAAACUUUGACUCGACUCAACACGGAAGAUUUGACGUCGAUAUUGUCGAGUACGGGCCAUCACGCUCAUCACCAUCACCGACACGAGGAGGAAGAGGAAGAAGAUGGAGCUCAUUACGCUGACGCUUCGGCUAAUGGUGAUGGAGAAGAACCGGCCGGCUACAUUGUUACAACUGCCACUGAAGCCUAUCAUCAAGGCUCUUAUGUCGUAACGGCUGCUCCGUCGGCUGACGAAACGGCUAAUAAUGACGGCGGAGGUAAUGGUGGACUUGACGAUCAAUCGACGACAGACAACGAAGCGUCGGGUCUUUCGGUUCAUUCCUAUUGCAAACCGAGCAACAGUCAAGAAGCGGUUGAGGGGCGAUCGUCUACUGGAUCGUCGGAUGUCGUCGCUUCGCGUCCUUCGGCAGUUGGAUCCGCAACAGCCGCCGAAUUGCUCGACUUGAAAACUGUUCUCCCAGGGCCGACGACCCGACGAGUUUUGCUCAUUGACGACGGGCACGGAGAUCUGGAAAUGGCCAAAUCGGAUGUCGAAUUUCUACUUCGAGGUGAUGCCGCUGGAAUUGUCCUCCGGGAAGGAAAAAGAAGUGAAGUCUGGGCCCGUUUCGGCAAAGUCACAUUCCAGGGUCGUAAAGUUAAGGGCUACGUUGCCUGCGUAUACUGUCGACAGGUUUACGCUUUUGGUGACGCCCAUUCCACUGGUACGUCGACACUAAAAAAACAUCGAUGUCUCGCCCAGUCAUUGGUGACCACCACUGGUGCUUCUCCGUUGACCCCAACUGGCGGGGUUGGAUCAGAUCGGCUUAUGCCCAGUCCAGCUCCUGGUUCUUCUUCUCAAUCCGAUCAACAGCAAAACGCGUCGUACGUCAAUUUCCCGUCGCCUUCCGUCAUCGUCAGCAUCGCCACGGCCGUUCGCAACUCGUCGGACAACAGCGAACAGAUUCAGUCCAAUUCCUCACCCCAACAAGCCACAAUGACCAACAUUGUGACGAGAUAUUUAGCACCCAGUGAUCGGGACGAAUUGAUUCGCAAUGCCGGCGUCGUCCUUGGUUCAGGACCCAUCAGCGCCGCUUCUUUCCUCCAGUUGUCUAAAGCGCUGGUGGAACUGGGCGCCAAACACGGAGUGGCCCUUGUGGACGAUUUGACUUCCAUUUUUAACUCCCCAGCUUUCGAGACCAUCUUGCCCAGCAUUGCACACGAAUAUCGAAAUCACUUUGCGGAAGAGGCUCGUACCGUAUCGUCCGGAGGCCUCGGUUUGAUAAUCUCUGUCCAUCCUGGAACCACUUCAUCGAGUGGUGCUGGUCGUUUGGUUGGAGUGUCGCUGGGAAUCAGUUACUGCGUCGACAGCAACCAAAACGGGACGGACAUUUCACCUUUCCUGCGACAAGCUCCUUUACGGCACAUUCAGUUGAGUGUGGAUCAAGAGACUUCCACCCGGAUCGGGCAACUUGUUCAAAGGACUUUGAAGGAAGAGAGAUUGGAUCAUUUGCGAAGGGCUGUUGUCUGCAACUCUGCCCAAGUGCUCAGAGAAGCUUUUACUGGCCAGAUGACGGUCCCCUGCGCCCAGAAUCUUAUCGGACGGGCAUUGGCUUUGGCUCAAGAGAGUUGCGCUACGAAUCGUCAAGACUGGAGAAAUUUCCACGAAACAAUCCAACGAAUGGCCAAUACUGUUCAAACAAUGGGAUGGGAAAGUCUGUUGACCAAAGCCAUCCAUCCUGUUGGUGGAGAACAAGGUGAAUCGUCGACUGGAUUGGACUGGAUGGAGUUGGUCAUCAACACUUCUUCUCAAAUCGGCGAAUUGUACAAAUUUUUUCAAGAUCCAUCCGUUACUGGAAUUUGGAACCAACUGGAUCGCCAACUUCUUGGUCAUUUAGCCGCGUUUUAUUCAAAUUUUGCUUCGGUCGUGACCAAACUCAGCACUCAGACGGCCUGCCCCACACUCUGCAAUGUUUUACUGGCCAGGAGUCACGUGGUAUCCCUUUGUACGCCCAAAUCCCAGGUAGAUCCUCCAGCUCUUUCGGCAUUGAAACACGCCCUUCUGGAAGCGCUAAACAAGCACUGGCCACUGGAGUUGGUCCACCGAUUGGCCUGCGUGCUCCAUCCGGCGUUCAAGCACAUGCGUCGGUUGGAUGUUAGCGAUCGCGAGCGGAUGGAAACGUACGCCAUGAUCCGCAACUUGUUGAGACAGACGGAUUCUCAGCCGGUCUCUGAGCACAUUUUACGCAAUUCGAUGGAUACUUCCUUGACGGGCAACAACCGCAAUGGCGAAUUGAAACGGAAGAUGUCGAGUCGGACGGCCAGCAGCGAAACUGUGCCGUGCAACAGUUCCGCUCCCAAGAGACAGAGAUCCUCGAUGCCGACGAACCUUUUGCCGACGUCUACGACGUCUGGUGCCACAUCGUCGACGACGCCUUUGAUCUCGAGCAGCGACAUUGCCUUUGAUUUUAGCGAAUUGGCCGAUUUUAGUUUACAUUGCGAAGGCGGGAACGGCAACAGCAACGGAUUGACUUUGGUGCCGGAUCAGCGCGACGAGUUGGAUCUUUACCUGGAGGAGAAAGUGAUCCAACAAGAUUUGAUCGAGUUGACGAAUGUUCUGGUUUAUUGGAAACAUCGCCAGUCCGUUUUUCCCGGCCUGUCGCAGCUGGCCUUUUGGCUGCUGGCCCUCCCUUCGUCCGCCUCUUUCUCCCCUUCCGUUUCUUCCAGUGUUGUCACCUCGUGCAAAUCCGACGCCGUCCUCCACCGCCAGCUCUUUCAAGUCGUUGCUCAGAGUAGCUCCUCUCCAACCCAUGUUGAAUAAUAAUUAAUAAUAAUAAAUUUUUUGGCGGAUUUUCAAAAUUUUUGCGGGCGUUCCAUUUUUCUUUCGUUUUAUUUUCCUCCUUCCCCCCCCCCCCCCCCACUUUUAAACAUUUCGCGUCUCAUAAAUUAUUCAGCACACAAUUUUGAAAUGGUGAAACCAUUUAUCUCUUCGUUGGCCAGUGUGAUUGUUGACCGUGUGUCUUGAUU